UUCCCAGAAUCUUCAUUGGUGUCUGUGGAAUGGACAGAAGGGAGAAGUAUAAAGAGUUGAUAAAUAUCUCCAAGGAGCAAAUUUCUGGAAAGAGUCUCUGCUGAGGACAUACCAGGGGGAAGAGAAGAAAGAAGGAAGGAAUACUUAUUGAGGCACUGAGGACUGGUCUGAGAAAGAGAAGUAGAACCUCAGUACUACAAGAUAUUGUUUAGUGCCAUAUACCAAUCUCAGAUGUCCAAGAUGAAGAAGAUCAGCAAAGACAGAAGUGAAAAUAUUCAAGCAAGCCUCAGCCAAGCUGACAGUGACAAUGAAUUGUGCAGACUCCCCAACAAGAAGGAUUUGCCUCAGAUGUCUCAGGAGUCUUGUGCUGAUGGGAAAUCUCCUGCUCUCAGAAAACGAAAGUCUCAAAAUACAAAUACAAAGGAUAUCAGAUUAUCAUUUGACUGCAGAGAGUGUGGACAAAGCUUCAGGAAGAAGUCUAAACUCAAAACCCAUUUUCUGUGCCACACAGGUGAGAAGCCAUGUGUCUGUGUUCAUUGUGGGAAACGUUUCGCAGAUAAGUAUAAGCUCAGUCUUCAUCUAAGGAUUCACACAGGAGAGAAUCUUUCUGUCUGUCCUCAUUGUGGGAAAAGCUACCGAGAUAAGACUAAACUCACCGUUCAUCUGAGGAUUCACACAGGAGAAACCCCGUUUGUGUGCCCUGAGUGUGGGAAAGGCUUCAGGGAUGGAAGUUUUCUCAAAUCUCACCUUUCAAUCCACACGGGAGAGAAACCUUUUGUCUGCACUGAGUGUGGGAAAAGCUUCAGGAAAAAGUGUGAACUCAAAUCUCACCUUCAAGUUCACACAGGAGUGAAACAAUUUGUUUGCACAGAAUGUGGGAAAAGUUUUAGGGACAGAAGUGAACUGAACAUUCACAUUAACGUACAUACAGGAAAGACUUUCCCUUGUACGGAGUGCGGCAAAUCCUUUGCAGCAAAGAAGAAUCUGAAAAGACACCAAAUGAUCCACACUGGGGAGAAGCCACACGAGUGCACAGAAUGUGGGAAACAAUUCCUGGAAAAAAGUAAACUGAAGAGACAUCAUCUAAGUCAUACUGGAGUAAAACCAUUCAGCUGCUUUGAGUGUGGAGAACAGUUCACAUGGAAACACCUGCUCCAGAAUCACCAACUGAGUCACACUGGGGAGAGACCAUUUGUCUGUAGUGAGUGUGGGAAGAGCUACAAGACCAAGGCUUCACUUGCUCUGCACUGUCAUAUUCACACAGGGGAGAAACCAUUUGUAUGCCCUGAGUGUGGGAAAGGCUUUAGGGAUCCGACUAGUCUCAACAGUCAUGUUCGGAGGCACACAGGAGAAAAACCUUUUGCGUGUGCUGAGUGUGGGAAAACUUACACGGACUCCAGUACAUUGAAGAACCACCUUAAGCUUCACAUUAAAGGAAAAUAUUUUGCUCAUUCUGAAUGUGGGGAAAGCUGAAAAUCUGAGACACACCUCCAUGUUCAUCUUGAGAAAGUUCAUCUUAAGUUUUUAUUUAGUGUUUUGGAACCAUCAUGAUUUACGACUAUCAGAUUCACUGAGAUGAAACAACUUUUCUAUGGACCAGAUCAUGGCUCGUCUUGGGGUGAAGUUUAGAGUAAAUGUUUCAUGGAUUCACCAGGUGCUUUCCAAAAAUGUUUUUGUAUGGGACUUAUAUUUUCUGUAAACUUUUCAUAUAUUCUAGGGGAGGGUGGAGCACAAAUUUAUUCACACAAUGGGGCUAUCACUGUAAACUUAAGCAAAGGUUCAGACUUGUGCAUGAGGGUCAGGAGGGAAAUCUGGGAUGUGCCUUGAGUAACCAAAAAAGAAAAAUGUGUGGUGCCUCCUCCCAGUAAUGUGCAGGUGACUCCUGAGAAGGGAUUGAGUUACACACCUUUCCAAAAUAUUCUGUGUGUCACGCUGAACUGCACAAAAUAAACCAUUCCUUUUGAUUG